GGCGACUAGAAAACCCUAGGCCUCAACUCAUCCAUCAGAUAGGGAAGCACGCCGGAGCCCUAUUCCCCUGCCGCCAAAAUGGUGAACGUUCCGAAGACCAGGAAGACCUACUGCAAGAACAAGGAAUGCAAGAAGCACACCCUUCACAAAGUCACUCAGUACAAGAAGGGAAAAGACAGCCUCUCUGCCCAAGGAAAGCGUCGUUAUGACAGGAAGCAGUCGGGAUAUGGUGGUCAGACCAAGCCUGUUUUCCACAAGAAGGCAAAAACCACUAAGAAGAUUGUGCUGAAGCUGCAGUGCCAGAGCUGCAAGCACUACUCCCAGCGCGCCAUCAAGAGGUGCAAGCACUUUGAGAUCGGUGGAGAUAAGAAGGGCAAGGGGACAUCUCUCUUCUAAAUAGCUUUCAC